AUGACGGCGCGCGGCGGGCUGGUGGAGCGCGAGAUAGCCAUCCUGAAGCUAAUAGAACACCCCCACGUUCUGAAGUUACAUGACGUCUACGAAAAUAAGAAAUAUCUGUACCUGGUGCUGGAGCACGUCUCGGGGGGAGAGCUGUUCGACUACCUGGUGAAGAAGGGACGCCUCACCCCCAAGGAGGCCCGGAAGUUCUUCAGACAGAUCAUCUCCGCUCUCGACUUCUGCCACAGCCACUCCAUCUGCCACAGAGACCUGAAGCCAGAGAACCUGCUGCUGGAUGAGAAGAGCAACAUCAGGAUCGCAGACUUUGGCAUGGCCUCCCUACAGGUGGGAGACAGUCUGCUGGAGACUAGCUGUGGAUCUCCACACUACGCCUGCCCAGAGGUCAUCAGAGGAGAGAAGUAUGAUGGGAGGAAAGCCGAUGCCUGGAGCUGUGGGGUGAUCCUAUUUGCGCUUCUGGUGGGUGCCCUUCCGUUCGACGACGACAACCUGCGGAACCUUCUGGAGAAGGUGAAGCUGGGGGUGUUCCACAUGCCUCACUUCAUCCCCCCAGACUGCCAGAACCUGCUGAAGGGAAUGAUCCAGGUGGACGCCACCAAGAGGUUCACCCUGGAUCAGAUACAGAAGCACAGCUGGUAUAUGGCUGGGAAGAACGAGCCGGAGCCGGAGCAGCCAGCUCCCCAGGAAGGUGUCGAUCGGACGCUUCCGUCAGCGGAGGACAUCGACCCGGACGUGCUGGAGAGCAUGCACUCUCUGGGCUGCUUCAGAGACAAGAGCAAGCUGGCCUCAGACCUGCUGUCUGAAGAUGACAACCAGGAGAAGAUGAUUUACUUCCUGCUGCUGGACCGCAAGGAGAGAUACCCCAGCCAGGAGGACCAGAACCUGCCCCCCCACACACAGACAGUGGACCCCCCCAGGAAGCGCGUGGACUCCCCCCUGCUGGCGCGGCACGCUAAGCGUCGCCCGGAGAGGAAGUCCCUGGAGGCCCUAAGCGCCACGGAGGCGGGAUCCCCGGGGCCAGUACGCCGGGCCGUCGACAUGGCAACGCACGGGCAGAGUAAAUCUGUUUUCAGUAAAAGCUUGGACAUCACAAAUGCUAACUGCAGCAAGGAGGAAAGGUCCAGGUCUAUCAGUGGAGCAUCGUCUGGUCUCUCCACCAGCCCUCUCAGCAGCCCGCGGGUGACCCCGCAGCCCUCCCCCCGGGGCAGCCCACUGCCCACCCCCAGGGGCACCCCGGGGCACACCCCCCGGGAGAGCCCGGCCGGCACUCCCAGCCCCACGCCCCCUCCCAGCCCCUCCAUCGGGGGCCUGCCCUGGAGGACCAGGCUCAACUCCAUCAAGAACAGCUUCCUGGGCUCGCCACGCUUCCAUCGCCGGAAAAUGCAAGUCCCGACGCAGGAAGACAUGUCCAGCCUCACGCCAGACUCCUCUCCAGAGCUGGCUAAGAAGUCAUGGUUCGGGAACUUCAUCAACCUGGAGAAGGAGGAGCAGAUCUUCAUCGUGAUCAGAGACAAACCUCUGAGCUCCAUCAAGGCUGACAUUGUCCACGCCUUCCUGUCUAUCCCUAGUCUUAGCCACAGUGUGAUCUCCCAGACUAGUUUCCGGGCGGAGUACAAGUCUUCAGCAGGUCCAACGAUGUUUCAGAAGCCAGUCAGGUUCCAGGUGGACAUCACCUACACAGAGAGCACUGCAGCCACCCGGGACAACGGCAUCUACUCUGUCACCUUCACCCUCCUGUCUGGUCCCAGCCGGCGUUUCAGGCGUGUGGUAGAGACCAUCCAGGCCCAGCUGCUGAGCUCUCAUGACCAGCCUGGCGUCCAGACCCAGAUAUCUGGCAGCCCGUUGAGUAACUUCUUUGACGUAAUUAAACAGCUUUUUUCAGACGAGAAGAGCAGCCAAGCGCCCCGCCCCUCUGGCUCCCCUGGCCCCCCAGCCACGCCCAGCCCCCCCACCAAGCAUGCCCCCUGCUCCAGGCAUAACGAGCCCCCGCCCACUGACUCUAAAUACCCCCCCGGCAAAGACAAAACAAAGAUGGCCGCUUCCGCCAGGACACAGGAACAACCCUGAUAAGGAGCUGUAGCGCUGCAUGGCUAGAUGAUGAUGAGGAUGAUGAUGAUGAUGAUGAGAAGGAUGAGUUAUCAGGUCAUUAAAACUAACCCCAACCUAGAGAACUGCUGACAAGUUAGGACACAUGUCCCUCUGAAAGAAACGACUUAAAAAACACGACUUUUUGACUAUUGCCUAAAGACUUUUGUACUGUCUGAUGGAAUGCCUGUUUGAGUGGAUCAGUAUGUAACAACAAGUAGCACAUGCAACUGUGUCCUGUGUGGGUGGGUGUGUCCUGUGUGGGUGGGUGUGUCCUGUGUGGGUGGGUGUGUCCUGUGUGGGUGGGUGUGUCCUGUGUGGGUGUGUGAUGGCUUGACUUCUCUGCCACCAGGGAUCAUCCAAAACACCUAUUAAAGUCCUGCUUCCUGGAGAUGUCUGGGGGAGCCUAGCUCAGCUCCCUCCAGGAGCCAGAGAAAGAGACUUCACUCUUCACAAGCCCCUUCCACUCCACACACACACACCUCCACACCCUGACCAACACACACACACACACACACACACCCUGACCAACACACACACACACACACACCCUGACCAACACACACACACCCCUCACCCCAGACACCGCUGAAGACACAGAGAUGAGCCUUAAGACAAUGAUAUACGGCAAACCUGCACACACACACAUGAACAGUCUCUUUCUCUUGUUCUCUCUGUCCUACACACACGCACAGUCUCUUUCUCUUGUUCUCUCUCUCCUACACACA